AUGGCUGGGCCACCAAGGCCUCCAUCUACGCUACCCACCACCACGAGGAGGUCGGGUUUGCGCCAACCGGUCCGAAGAGCGGGCUCAGCAGCUCCAGAACGACAUGCAACAUCUACAGUUUCCACUCCGACGGUGCGUUCUUCCGCAACGAGCGCAGCGCGCGCGACGAGAAGCCCGGAAAAAUCUAGCGCUGCAGCAAAGCGGAAGGAUAAAGAUUUUGAACGCGAGCUCAACGAGGACACAAGCAUUCAUGUGGUGGUACGGUGUCGUGGCCGCAGCGAUCGCGAAAUUAAAGAAAACAAUGGCGUCGUCUUGUCAACUCCAGAAGGUGUGAAGGGCAAGACCUUGGAUCUCUCAAUGGGACCGAACGCGGUUUCGAACAAAACAUACGCUUUUGACAAAGUAUUUUCACCAGCUGCCGAUCAGAGCAUGGUUUAUGAGGAUGUGGUUGUGCCCGUUCUUGACGAGAUGUUGGCAGGUUACAAUUGCACGAUCUUCGCAUACGGACAGACCGGAACGGGAAAGACGUAUACCAUGUCAGGAGACAUGACCGACACCUUGGGCAUCUUGUCCGAUGAUGCAGGAAUUAUUCCACGCACCCUUUACUCCUUAUUCAGCAAGCUGGAGGACACGGAAAGCACAGUGAAAUGCUCAUUCAUCGAACUUUACAACGAGGAGCUCCGGGAUUUACUGUCCUACGAUGAUAGCACCAAACUCAAGAUUUUCGAAAAUGAGAAGAAGGGAGGGCACAGCACAAUGGUCCAAGGGAUGGAGGAGACCUACAUUGACUCUGCGUCCAGCGGCAUCAAACUACUUCAAUCGGGCAGCCACAAACGUCAAGUGGCAGCGACAAAGUGCAACGAUUUGAGUUCUCGAAGUCAUACAAUCUUUACCGUUACCGUUUUCACGAAGCGCACAACUGAAUCUGGCGAGGAUUAUGUGAGCUCGGGCAAACUGAACCUGGUUGAUCUCGCGGGUAGCGAGAAUAUUGGACGCAGUGGCGCAGAGAACAAACGAGCGACGGAGGCAGGUCUCAUCAACAAGAGUCUGCUCACCCUUGGGAGAGUAAUCAACGCUUUGGUGGAUAAAAGCUCCCACAUCCCCUACCGCGAGUCCAAACUCACGAGACUACUCCAAGACUCACUUGGAGGACGAACAAAAACCUGCAUCAUUGCCACAGUUUCGCCUGCACGGAACAACCUUGAGGAGACCAUCUCUACCCUCGACUAUGCCUUCCGUGCCAAGAACAUUCGCAACAAGCCUCAGAUCAAUUCUAUCAUCUCCAAAAACAAGCUUCUACAGGAUAUCGGGAUGGAGAUUCAAAAGCUCAAGAGCGAGCUCAUUGCCACCCGACAUCGCCAUGGUGUCUACAUGACGCCUGCUGCAUACGAAGAAAUGACAAUGGAAAGUGAAUCACGGCGAAUUGUAAACGAAGAACAACGCGCCAAGAUCGAAUCAAUGGAGUCCAGUCUCCGACACAAGGUCCAAGAACUGCUCUCUAUCACGGGUAACUUCAACUCAUUGAAGCAUGACAAUGAGGAGACUCAAUCCAAAUUGAACGAGACGCGAGACAUCCUCAACGAAACAGAAAGGUUUUGGAAGGACACCCAGGAGAAAUUGGAUGAGGAGACAACAGUGCGCAGGGCUCAUGAAGCUACAGAGAAACAACUUCGUCAGAUCGGCGCUGGUCUAGUGUCCACUCUGAAUGGCGCCGUCCAAGACGUGGACGGACUAUAUGCGAAGUUGGAUCGCAAAGACAAUUUGGAGACUGAGAACCGGCAGACCUGGCACACCUCUACCGGUGAGGUGUCAAAUGUCACGCAGCAAAUAGAUGCUCGCAUGCAUGACUUCCAAACGCAGCAUGCAAAGCUGCUAGAAGACAUGUCCGCUAAUAUUCACCAAUUUGUGGACCACGAGCUAGGCACCGUGCAGUCCACCCGCUCCCAAAUCCGAGAUCUUUCUACUACCUUCGACAAGGUGGAGACAGAGGCAAAGCACAAUACCUCCUGUGCUCACAACGAGAUGAAUGAGGUCCUGGAAGAGAUCAAGGUUCUUCGGGAAGAAGUGAAGUCCAAGGUUGGGGAAGGCCUGAAUGGGUUGUCAGCUGCUGCUGCUCGAAUCUCGAAAGAGGUUAUCGGGGAGUUUUCGGAAUUUCACUCCCAGCUUCACUCAUCAUACAGCACGCUCGGCAGAGACUUCAAGUCCAUGUUUGAGAACAUGGCAACGCAUGUCGAUGAGCAGAAGAACGAAAUCAAUAAAUUACGCCUGGAGCUGCAGGCAGCAAAUCGCCAGACGGUGGAGGCCAAUCGAAAGGCCUCUUCCACUCUAGCGCAGGUACUGGAAGAGGAACAUGCUAGUGCACAAGCUGAGCGUGACAUGGUUAUGUCUCAAAUUCGGGGGCUCCUGGAGGAAUCACACCAAAAGCAUAACAACCGCCUGAAAGGCAAAUUUGACACCCUUCGCACCGACAUCUCGGCAUCAGGCGACUCCCUUGAGCAAGCAACUGCACAACACGACAGACACAUUGAUGAAUGGAUUUUCAAAGAGGAACAGUUCUCCAAGGACAUUACUGCAUCCAAAGAUGACAUCAAGACCAGGAUGCAGAAUGAUUGGGAGGCCUUCGAUCAACGUAAUCUAUCUAUACAACGAGUGACAGAGUCUGUGCACCAAGAGACUGUGCGUAUUGUGGACGCUCAAGUGAGCGACAUGGGCACACAAAUGGAAGCUUUAGAUGACUUCGUUGCCAAAGCGCGAUCGCAGAAUGGCCGUUUCCACCAAUCUCACUUGAGCAAUUUGGAUGCCAUGGCGAAGAAUGUCCGGGAGUCUCGGUCACAUGUUCAUGAGCAACUUGAUGGAAUCACUCGUCGUGUCGGGCAGCUCCAAGAUGAUGUCGGUAUGCACACCGAGAGUCUGGAGCAAACCACCGCACCCCUCCAAACUGAAGUCCGCCAGCCACUCCUAGAGCUACGGUCCAAUAUCCAGAGUCACCCCUUGAAAGAGUAUGUUCCAACAGGCAUCACCCCUCAGAAACGCCGGUACGAAUACCCUUCGGAACUACCUCAUACGGAACCUCACGAUGGUCUUCGCGCCCGGCAUCGGACUUCCAAGCAGUUCACUGCUCUGCCAUUCAGCGAACAGGAGGAACAAGAUCCUUCUGCUUCGACUUCGCCUUCCAAGAAAUUCGUGUACAACGAUACUCCGGAAGAGGUAGGCCACCCUCUUCCUUCAUCCGCAGCCACACCUCCCAACACUGGCCUUAGGGAAGUCGACCUAAACGUCGCCAGACCGGUUGUGUCUGACGGCAACGACAUCCUACCACCCAGUAAAUCGGAGACCCCGGCGCUGGCUCCGUCCCUGGACCUGGACGAGACGCCCGAAAAGGAAGAGCCCGAACAGCCAUCUCGCAAACGGCGCCGCUCAAACUCCAACAAUCACCAUACCACCGAGGGCAAAAUCCCCAAAACAGUGCUGUCGAAGAAGCUGGCUGGCGUGAAGGAGGGGCGUGAGAAUCUGCCGCCUUCUGGCAUUGCUGGUGGCCGGAGAUACAGGAACCGCACCUCUGAUUAA